UGGAACUAGAAAUUAAUCCAAUCACAUAAAUGGAUCUAUGUUCCUCGUCACAGAAACAAGAGAGUUUUUCAGUUCCCUUUUUUUUUCUUUUUUUGGCUAUUGGGAGAAAUGGGGUGGAAGAAUUUGUAUCAGAAAGCCAGGAAGCGCCUGACCCUUUCCACCCUGAAAGAAUCCUUUCACCUCUUUACAGUCACCCUCCUCAGCCUCUUGCUUCCCCUUUCGUUUCUCCUGGUUGCCAGGCUCUCUUGUUUUAACUAUUUCUUAACCGUCAUCACUUCAAAUCCUUCUCAGCCUUCCCCAUAUUUUCUCUUGUCUGUCUACUUCUAUACCAAUCCUGCUGUUCUAUAUGUUCUUGUUUCAGUUUUUAGCAUCGUCACUCUCUUCCAUGGCUUGACAGGGAAAAUCACCUAUGUAAGUGAGUCACCGGAUGCUCCCCGUUUGUACACUGCGUGGAUAGUUUUAUGCAUAAUGCAAGUUUCUGUUGGAUUGGGGAUUGAAGGAAGUAUCGCAUCAGGAAUUGAUGGUUCUGGUUUUGGCGUUGAGAGGAGUCUGUUAAGUAGAGUAAUAUUCUUCUUGGGUUUGCAUGAGAUUAUGCUUGUUUGGUUUAGAACAGUGGUAAAACCCGUGGUAGAUGACACUAUUUUUGGGGCUGCUAUAGCAGAGAGGUGGAUUCAUAGAUUCGCCAUUGCCCUGAGCGUUGGCACCAUGUGGUGGUGGAAGCUGAGAGAUGAAGUUGAGUCUUUGGUGGCUGUGGCAGAAGCUAAGAAGGAGCUGUCAAUGAGCAUUGAGAUGGCUGACUUUCUUGGUUGGUGGUUGUAUUACUUGACUGUGACAAUUGGAAUGGUUAGAGUUGUUAAAGCUCUUCUCUGGCUCGGAAUUGUCUUGUUUUCUAGGAGGGUAAGAAGGAACGAUGACGAGACUAGAGAGGAAGAUCAAGACAAGGUCUAAAGCUGACCCUUUCUUAAUUCUUUCUUUCCCACCAAACAUUCGUGUUUCUUGUUCUUGGGUCAAUGACGAUCCUCCUUUUAUGAACACACAAAAAAAAAAAUGACGAUCAAGUAAUUCUUAAAUGUAACUUGUACACUUGUAAAACAAAUAUAUAGGAAUUCUUUUUCCUCAAGAAGAGAUGCUAAAGUAUUUUAUUAUGUAUGAACUGUAUUAUUGAUGUCACUGCCUCAUAGAAAUGGGCAAAAUCAAUUAGAAGGAAAGAAAAUCAAAUGAUUGUCAACAGUAAUUAUGAGAGUAGGUGCUACGCAAAGGAAAACUUAGUACAACAUUAAGUUGUGCUAUGACAAUAAGGGCACAAUGUUGGGAAAAAACAAAAAUUUCAAAAUUUUGAUUUGUGUCAUGCCUAGACAAUAAAGGAGAUGGACCAAUUCAGCGACAAGAAACCAAAGGGUUUUAAAAGUGACAAAUCCGUAUCUGUACUUCAGUUGGGUGUGAGAAUUACAAGUCUAUGACUCUAUAAUCUAUUCUAAACAUUGAUUCAAGAAAUGAACAAAUAUUAUAGUAACUUUUCAAGUUACAAGCGGACACAUGGAAGUUGUGGAGUUCUGUUCAGACAAGUAGAUUGUUUUGAAGAACAGACGGCAGAAUUAAAUAGAGGACUUG